UUUGCAGCGAAAAGCAACCCUAACUCCUCAAUCGAAAAAUUCUAACCGGAAAAAUUGCUCACACCAUCUGACCUCCGCACACGCAGUGAAAGAACCUGCAAGCAGCAGCAGUACUUCGUAGAUGGCGGCAAAAGUCUUCGCAGGAUCAAACGUUUUCAUGUCGCGGAACUUGGUCCCGCCGGAGCUCUUUGACGCGCUUCACGACGCGUUGAGGCUCAACGGCGCCCAAGUUUUCCUCUGCUGCGACCCUUCGCGCAAUGGGCCCAACGAUUAUCACGUCAUCGCCUCACCCGAUCAUGAAAAGUUUGAUGAUCUUCGAUCGAAAGGCUGUAAUCUGAUCGGUCCGCAGUGUGUGUUCACAUGUGCAAAAGAACACAGAGUGCUGCCUAAUCAAGGUUUUACUUGUUGCCUUGCAAUGGAUGGCGUUAACGUACUUGCAUCAGGUUUUGAGAAGGAUGAAAAGGCUGAUAUUGCAAAGAUGAUCGCUGCAAUGGGAGGGGUGUUGCAUACAAAAGCUUCACCGGAUGUUACUUUUGUUAUUGCAAAGGAUGUUCUGGCUCAAAAAUACAAGUGGGCUCUAAACCAUCGCAAAAUACCAAUUGUCACCAAAAAUUGGCUUCAUCAGUGUUGGAAAGAGCAUCGUGUAGUUCCCCAGGAGCCUUACAAGGUUCUUCCUUUUUCUGGAUUAACAGUAUGCGUCAGUGGAAUCCCAGCAGAUGAACGUAAGGAAAUGGAGAAGCUUGUGAUGCAAAAUGGUGGCAAGUAUUCUGCUGAACUUACCAAGAGAUGCUCACAUUUAGUUUGCGAUAUAUCCUUUCUGUUUUCUUUUUUGGGUGAUAAAUUUAAGGUUGCUAAAAGAUGGGGUCACAUAUAUAUAGUUAACCGGAAAUGGUUUCAUCAGUCUGUUGCCAGGAGAGCAUGCCUAAGUGAAGAAUCCUACCCUGUUCAAGGUAUUGUUGCAUCCUCUGUGAGUGGUUUUAAGAUAUCGGAGCAAAAUAGUCAAGGCAAAGUUAUCAGAAAUCCACAAUAUGGCUCAUCAUCAAUGGCCUCUGCCUUGGAUUCGGAAACCACUUGUCCUGCUCAGGAUAUGGAACCUGAUCUUGAAGUUCCCUUGUCAAAUAUGUGUUCGACAUUUUUUGGGGUUCCUCCAUUACCUAAAGUUGGGGAUGUUCCACCUGCUGAUGAGCCCACACACGAUCCUGAUGUUUCCCGUUGCAUUGCUAAUGACUCUGAAUGUGAGGAUGAUGACUUAUACUUGUCUGAGUGCAGAAUCCUACUUGUAGGUUUCGAAACUUCUGAAUUACGGAAGCUAGUUGACAUGGUUCGUCAAGGCGGUGGUUCUCGUUAUAUGUCGUUCAAUGAGAAAUUGACGCAUAUUAUAGUUGGAAAUCCAUCAGAGAUUGAAAUCAAGGAAGUAAGAAGCCUUGCAUCUCUAGGAAUAAUUUAUAUUGUUAAAACAACUUGGCUAGAAGAAUGUACUUCCAAAAAGAAAGAGGUUCCUGUACAUCACAGCCACAUUGCUUAUGAUUUGCUUCUUCCGAAAGAUUCUGUAACUUCCAAUAAAGCAACUGCAACAAGCAUGAUUGGUUCGAGGCAUGGGGGAAAGGCCUCCAUUUCUCAGACUGUGGAAAACGUCGUGAUGGCCGAGAAUUCUGAAUGUGAAGUGUCAUCUGGUUUGAAGGAUGUUAAGCCGAAAGUGCAAAGCGGAUUGAGCAAUGGAAAUAAGCAUAUAAAAUCCUCAACCAUAUUUAAAGGGAAGCUCUUCUGUUUUUCAGUCUCUUUUCCCCAAGAACAAAGACCGGAGAUAGUGCUUUGGAUUAAUGAAUGUGGUGGAGAGGUUGUUGCUGAUCAAAACAAGAAGAAUGUGCACUUCAUUGUGGAACGUCAUGGUGUACCGUCCCGGCUCACUAGUACUGCCAAGAGUGCAUAUGUAACCACUCACUGGGUUCGUUCUUGUAUGGAGGAUGGUUGUUUGUUGGAUGUUAGUAGUCACAUUCUCUACUCUCCACUUUCAUGCCAUAUUCCUUUACCUGGAUUUGAAAAAUAUCGGAUCUGUGUUUCGCGCUAUGACACAAAAGAAAGGCAACUACUAAGAAAUCUGUGCUAUGUUCUUGGAGCGAAGUUCAUCGAAAAACUGACCAAGAAAGUCAGUCAUCUACUUUGUAAGUUUGCUGAUGGUGAUAAAUACGAAGCUGCUUGUAGAUGGGGGAUACACGUAGUUACAGCCGAGUGGAUAUUUGAAUGUACCGCACAGAACAAAAUUGUUGACUUGGAGAGAUUUCACCCUAAAGAGCUUAUCUCUCAAGAUCGGCACGUGGAAUUGUGUUCUGUUAGUCAGUAUUCUGCACAGUCCGUUAGGAUGACUUCAGAUACCUCCCAGCAUCUUAAUCCAUUACAGGAUCUCAGAAGUAUACAAAAAGUUGCCUCAACAGAGUGUCAAGAGAGAGAUGAAGAAAAUUCCAGUGGUAGUAAGCGGGCAAGAGUUGUGGAAAAUGAUAGGAUAAAGUGUCCUCCGUCUUUCGACUCCACAACUGAUAAUUCUCUCAGUUUGAAGAGUCCUACAGAAAGCAAUGUAACUGAGAUUGCAGAGAAAGUUUCUAUAGUUCCUGAUGUUGCUGCGGCUAUAGAAGAUCUGUUGGAGCAAACUAGCAAGAUCGAACAAGAUCGGAAGUCUCAGGAGGCAAGUGGCUCCUGUGAAAAUCAGUUUAUGUUUCCUAAUUCUACAAUUGGACAAAGGCAUGACGAUCAACAGUCUAUCUUAGGGCCAUCCAAGCUGUGGUUGAACAGGGUAGAAAAAAGGGAUGAUUUACCGUCUGCCGUGGCUUCAGCAACGAACCCUUAUGAUGGAUUUAGUGAGACGCAAACUGAUUCUCAGGUUGUUGGUUAUGAAGAAGAUUUAACAGGUCGGCAAAUGAUUAUUGAUAGAGUGCGUACAAUGGGAAGCAGGGGAUGAAAUCAUAGCUACAAACUUUUCUUGGCAGAAAAUGAAGGCGAAAUUUGAUAAAGUAACGGGAAAAAUGGAAAAAGAAGACUUAGUACAAUGUGUUGAUGGUUUCAGCCUUAAAUGAGGUAAAUGUGUAAGGUUGGAACUCUGUUCGGGCAAAUGAACGUAUAUUGCAACUAUUUGUAAAUCGUGUUGUACUUCCUGAAUCCGCGUCAUAGAAAAGUGAACAGAUCAUAUGAUUUUAUUUUGUACUUCAAUGUACCAUGUUCGACUCUCAACUGCUGAACCGAACACUUGAGUGAUUCUGAAGGUUGAAAUGAUAGUAAGAACUUUCAGGCUGUGACUGGAAGUAGGACUAUGUUAGGUCUAAAUGUCUAAUUAUUAUUUAUUAGAUGGAAAGUAUAUGACGGCUGAAUAGUCUUAACGUCUCUAGAAGGAAGGGCUUGGCUCCUCGGGUAGUAUUCUUGGAACAAUGUAUUGCAUUAUGAGAGUUGAUUCUUUUGGCUGCCAAGUUAUUUUAACCUUUUAAGAGUUGUUAGACAAUGCUACUUUUUAAAAU